AUGGAAGCCCCGGACAUAGAAGGAGGACUUCCUGCAUAUAAGCUACAACCAGGGCAAGCUCAGGUUGGCAAACAGAUGUCCGACGAAGGCUGCUUCUAUUUUGGUUUCCUUUCCAUACAUUGCAUAAGCAGUUUUCAACUAUCUGAAAGCCUUGUCGAUCCGAAAUUUGCAGACGUCUUCCUCGUUUUCGAAGAGGAGAAAAAGGAGCGCGUGUUUUGUAUGAACUGA